GCGCCAUGCGCAAACCAACAGCACCAUGACGCGCUUGGAGUCGCUCGCGGCAGGGGAAAAGAUGGCCUUGGAGGGGAACGGCGAGUCACAAGACAGCCAGGCCAUCUUCGACGCCCAUCAGGCCCUGUUCGGCGUCGGCACGCUCAGCAGCUCUCCCAUCGCCACUCGCUUUCUGCCUACCGGGGUUGAAGUGGAAAAAGGUGAAAGGCCUCCUCCCAAGUCGGCUGGUGAUUCUCCCUCUGUCGGCGUGGAAGUGGACCGUGUUUCCUUGCCGCCGAGUCGCAGCGUCGAAACCAAGGUGAGCUUGUCUGGUCUGGGCUGAGGCGCAGAUGAUCCUGGUCAACCACCCAUGAACACUGACAGCCCCAGGAAAAGCAAGUAUUGACGGGGUUGCCUCUCGCCGGUGUCGUUCGCGAACCACCCAUCAUCAGGCAGAAGCGGCCGAAUCUCGUCUCGUCUGCGCCACCACGCGACACGCUUCUAGUUGUCGAUGACACUCUCCCCACCGACGGGCACCGACCUGUUCUUCAACAUGACAUUACGACGACGGUAGACCUCGACGAGAAGCCGUCUUCGGCAACGGGCGCACCGCUUGUGCCGCCGCGAAAGAUGGAUACCUCACAAGAGACGCCAACCCAAGUCAACGAGGACCGCGACUACAGCGCGUUUUACGAAGCCGCGCCUUCGAGCCCGACCGACAAGCCGACGCAGCAGCGCACCGGCGAAACGCGGACCUUGCAGGCCGGAGAUACCGGAGCCGUGAACUUUAGCAACUUCAGCGACCACGUGCGUCCGUCCUCGCAGGCAUCCGAGGAUGAAGGCUUCGACACGACGAGGGGCGAGUGGCGCACGGCUGAUGGCACGUCCCAGCUCAACUCCAACGCCGCCGCAUACACGCCAUAUAAGACCCACGGACUGCAGCCAGAAACCCCCGCGCUGCCCAAGAACCCCUUCGCAGCCAAGUCAAAUGGCGCCGUCCCCUUCGCUGCGAGUCAGCUCUUUGCGCAGACGCAGCAGGUGUCGUCUGCGGUUAAGGCCAGUCCGACGUCGUCGCGGCCGUCGCCGAACCUACUGCUCAACUCCAUAUCACCAAACGUGUUCGAGACGUCGCCGCUCAAGAAUCGAGCAAAUGUCUCGUCACCUACCGACAUACGCACAUCGAGCCCGUCUCGUCUUCACGAGAUCCCCGCCACCGUUGCCAAGAACAGAGUCGGCGUCGCCGUGCAAGAAGAAGAUCCUAUAGAAGGAAGGUCGUCACGGGAAGAUCGUGUCCCUGAGUCGCCGACUAUCUCGUCGAGAGCGGCUCCAGGGCGUGAGCCUUUGUCACACUAUGAACCAAUGAGGGAGUCGCAAGAGCGAAAGACUAGCGGCGACGGUCAAGUCAUUGACGUCAACGUGGACGAUGACUACGACGAGGCAUUCCUCCAGCGCGAGAGGAGAAAGCGGGCUGAGAGGAAGCGCGCGCAAGCCGCGCAGGAAAUGGAGAAAAUAAGCAUCGCAAGACUCUCGAGGCGGAACUCGUCUGACAAUCCAACGAGGAAGAAGCGGAGACUGAACAGCAUGGGGGAGAUCACCAGCAAGCCUCUCCCUGACGGGAGGAGCAAGCAGCAGGAUCAAGUAGUUGGCGACUCGCAAAAGGCUCCCACGACAUCGGCGGAGACACCGCUGGAGUCGACGAAAGCGACACCAGGUGAAGAGCCUGCACAAACACCGGCGCGGGACUCGAAUGCCGAUGCGGAGCCGGAGCGAAGCAGAGAGAUGGCGUUGCUUGAGGAGGAUCUGAUUCCGGCUACCAGUCCGAUGCAAUUCUCCCCGCCCGGUAAUGUUCAGGGUGUACAGCCAGCAUCAGAACCGGACCUUCCAAUAUUGAUGGAACGCAAUGAAUACCCUAAUGGAGAAGCCAACACCGCCGAAUCUUCCUCUCUUCCACCUAUCCGUUCACGUCGCAGGACCUAUGGGAAACUAAACAAGCGACCGCAUCGAGGCCAUCUGCUCAGCUCCUCGGCCUCGGACCCAUUGCAAGCAAAGGCAGUGGAUGAAUUAUGUCCGCCAGUACCCAGCCUAGCCAGCCCUACAAGCACGGCGUCUACAGUUGUUCCAAGCAAGGCCAAGGAUGAGCAUACACACGCAUAUGGAGCAGAUGAAGAGCCAAAUAACGCCAUCGAAGAUGGGCCGCCUUCGGAUUCGAAGCUCCCGUCGUCUGACCCAGUCCAAAGGCGAGGGCGGAGGGCCAGACGGCCGAUUGAGACACCACAGCCACGCUCGAAGGAGCCGAUGACGGUGCCGUCUUCGAGCUUGACAACGCUAUCCGCGACACCAUUGGCGUCCUCCAGCACGACGCCAGGGACACAGAUCUCACCAGUUUCUUCGCGAAAGGGAGCCGUGCAAACAACAUCUCCCGCCAACAGCAAAAACCUACGCAAACGUGCAUUGAGAGGCGCAGUCGGAUCAUUGUCUCCACAGCCGACGCGGCCAGCCUCUGCACGACGCUCAAUGAGACUAGAUUCGGACUCGACAGAUGAACUGCACCACUCUCAACCGGGUUCACUGCUGGAGAGGAGCCUGGCAGCCUCGAAGUCCGGGCGAUCGUUUAGGCAAAGCAUGACCACUAGCCAUCGCGGUCCGCGCCUAUUUGAUGGGAUGGUGUUUGCUCUCUCCUUCCUGUCCGCCAAGCAGGAACAGCAACGGUCAAAACUGGAGGCACGCAUACUGCAAGCUGGCGGUAUGAUUCUGAAGGAUGGAUUCCAGGAGCUGUUUGAGCAACCAGCCGUGACGAAUACGGCAGCCUCAGCGGCGGAAGAAACGGAUCCCCUCAAAUUGACCAAGGCGGCGGCGCAGUGUGGCUUCACGGCGCUGAUUGCAGAUGGGCAUUCCAGGACCGCAAAGUACAUGCAGGCCCUGGCACUGGGGCUUCCGUGCCUGGCGCCGCGCUGGGUCACGAGCUGCCUGGACAAAGGCGACAUUCUCAAGUGGGAACCCUACCUGCUCUCUGCGGGUGUAUCCGCUGUGCUCGGGCAGGCAACUCGGUCAAGGCUGCUCGCGCCGUACUCUGCCCCAGAUGCAGCGCUUGUAGACACCAUGGACAACAGGGAGAAGCUGCUGCGGGACCGGACGGUGUUGGUCGUUGCGGACACCAAGAAGAUGAAGAAACAAACGCGGCAGCAGUACAUGUUUCUGGUCCAAGCUCUGGGCCCGGCCCGGCUCUCGAGGGCCACGACAGCCGAUCAGGCACGGGCUGCGCUGAAAAAGUGCGAACAGGCGAGCGAGCCGUUUGACUGGCUGUAUGUGGACGACUCUGUCGGGGCCGUCGACGCGAUCCUGAUCCCGCCAACAAAGACUGGCUCCAAGAAGCGAAGGAAGAGCGCGGCGCAGGAGCCUCUUGGGGGUUAUUUGCACGUUCUGACGGACGAGAUUGUCAUUCAGAGUCUCAUCAUGGGACAGAUGGUUGAUAAGGAUGAUAUGGAUUCAUGAAAUUGUUGAUGGGGCGUUGUGGCGACGAGAGACGAGUGGAUUCUGACGGUUAAUAACGCUACAUUAUGAAGGGGGUUUGAGGCAACUGGCUUGGGUAGACGUUGACUUGGUUCAAGACUUGACGUAAGGGAGACCUUGUUGCCAUUGUUCUUUUGCG